CACCAUCACAACGUUCUUAUUUGCUUUCCGUCAUGCAAUGGAACAGCAGGAUUCUGCCAAAUCGAAGGGAAGUUCCUACAUUAAUUUCUUCUUCCUUCUCUGUCUUUGUCCUCCAUUAUUCCCACGUUUGAAAAAUUCCACAAAUUUCUCACUCUUAACUAAGUGGGCCUCUUUCUUUUAUAUGAAACUUGCUAACCAUUUCUUUUUUUUCCCCCAGUAAAAACAUGUUUCUUUUCUGGUAUUCAUUUGCCAUCCUUUCUCUUACCACGUUUCUAUCUCGAAAACUAGGAUGUUUCCCCACCAAUGAUUGUUGCAUCGUGAUUUACAACUACUGAAUAUAUUUUUUUAGCUUUACCAAUACCAUUGUUCUUCAGUUAGUUUGUUUUGGAGGAAGUUCAUUACAUUGAUUUUUAUCAUCUGAGAGCAGCAUGAAUUUGUUGUCCCUCUUGGUGCUUUUUUCUUGUCUCUUUGUUGGAGGGUUUUCAGCUGAUAAAGUUUCAAGACCCGAAUUUGUGAAAAUUGGAUCAAUUUUCUCGUUCGGUACUAUAAUUGGGAAGGUGGCAAAGAUUGCAAUGAAAGCUGCUGUUGAAGAUGUGAACUCUGAUCCCACCAUUCUUGGAGGGACCAAACUGGUUUUCUCCAUGCAUGAUUCUAACUACAGUGGCUUUCUUGGCAUCAUUGGAGGAUUGAAGUACAUGGAGACUAAUACAGUAGCCAUAAUUGGGCCACAAGCCUCAGGAAUGGCUCAUAUUCUAUCACAUCUUGCAAAUGAACUCCAUAUCCCAAUGCUAUCGUUUACGGCAUUGGAUCCAAGCCUCGCCUCCCUUCAAUACCCUUACUUCAUCCAAACUGCCCCUAAUGACCUGUUUCAGAUGACAGCCAUAGCCGAUAUGUUAAGCCAUUUCGGUUACAGAGAGGUGGUGGUUGUUUACCCCGACGAUGAGCAGAAUCGGGGCAGUAUAACAGCUCUAGGGGAAAAGCUUGCAGAGAGGAGUUGUAGAAUCACUUACAAAGCUUUGCUUUCUCCUGAAGCCUUAGCAACUAGCGAAGAAAUCAUGAAUGAGUUGGUUAAGGUAUCGAUGAUGGAGUCACGUGUAAUCAUUGUUAGUGCCUUUGCUGUGAUUGGGCUUAAGAUUUUCAGAGCUGCCAAUAGACUUAGGAUGAUGGACAGGGGAUACGUGUGGAUCGCCACGGCAUGGCUGUCUACCGUAUUGGAUUCCACUAUGGUUUCUGGCGAAGUUGCAAAGUCUAUUCAAGGGGUUCUCACAUUUAGGCCUCACACGCCAGAUUCUGAGAGGAAAAAGGCGUUCUUGGCACGAUGGGACGAGUUGAGUAACAGUUCGAUCAGGUUGAACCCUUAUGGCUUGUAUGCAUAUGACACCGUGUGGAUGAUUGCUAGUGCCGUUAAGGUGUUCUUGGAGAAUGGUGGUAGCAUCUCUUUCUCAAACAUCUCGAGUUUGAAUGGUUUAGGGGGAGGGACCCUGAGUCUUGGUUCCUUAAGCAGAUUUGAUGGAGGGAAGCAACUGCUUAGCAACAUAUUGCUGAUGAAUACGACAGGUUUAACAGGGAGAAUUGCAUUUGAUUCGGAUAAAUCCAUGAUACGUCCAGCUUACGAUGUCCUGAACGUAAUCGGGAACGGUUACAGGCAAAUAGGGUACUGGUCUAAUUAUUCUGGCCUUUCUGUUGUGCCUCCGGAGGUACUUUACACUAAACCACCUAACCGUUCAAGUUCAAGCCAACAAUUGCGUGGUGUGGUAUGGCCGGGAGGAACGACGGUCAAGCCUCGGGGGUGGGUUUUUCCUCAUAACGGGAGACAGCUGAGAAUAGGAGUUCCAGACAGAGUGAGUUAUAAAGCUUUUAUCUCGAAGGAUGAUAGUACAAAUGAGAUCCAUGGAUACUGCAUCGAUGUGUUCCUCGCUGCCAUAAAUUUACUGCCUUAUGCGGUUCCUCAUGAGUUCAUCUUGUUCGGGAACAAACACGACAAUCCAAACUAUGCAGAGCUUGUAAACAUGAUUGCAUCCAAUGAGUUGGAUGCAGUUGUUGGUGAUGUUGCAAUCGUGACGGACCGUACGAAGAUCGUGGACUUCACCCAGCCGUAUAUAGAGUCGGGGCUAGUUGUCGUGGCACCGGUCAGGAAGUUGAACUCAAGCCCUUGGGCUUUCUUGCGGCCGUUCACUCUUACAAUGUGGGCAGUCACAGGGGCAUUUUUCCUGAUUGUUGGAGCUGUAAUUUGGAUCCUUGAACACAGAAUCAACGAUGAUUUCCGUGGUCCGCCAAAGAAACAGUUCAUCACUAUUCUAUGGUUUGGCUUCUCAACUAUGUUUUUUGCACACAGAGAAAACACCCUAAGCACGCUAGGCCGUAUGGUUCUGAUCAUCUGGCUCUUUGUGGUUUUGAUAAUCACCUCAAGCUACACGGCGAGCUUGACAUCGAUCUUGACUGUUCAGCAGUUGGCCCCAUCCAUAACAGGAAUUGAGUCCUUGAUCAAAAGCCAUCACCGUAUCGGAUACCAAGUAGGAUCCUUUGCUGAAAACUAUCUAAACGAGGAACUCAGCGUCCCAAAAUCCAGGCUCGUUCCUCUUGGCUCCCCUGAAGAUUAUGCAGACGCACUAAAGACUGGGAGAGUUGCUGCAGUCGUGGAUGAACGUCCCUACAUCGAUCUGUUCCUCUCAUACUACUGCACGUUCCAGGCCGUCGGGCAAGAGUUCACUAAAAGUGGGUGGGGAUUUGCAUUUCCAAGAGACUCCCCACUAGCCAUGGACAUGUCUACUGCAAUCUUAACACUAUCAGAAAACGGCGAACUUCAAAAGAUACAUGACAAGUGGCUCAACACGAGAGCUUGUUGGCCGGCAAGCGCUGGGGACGUAGAGCAGCUUAAUCUGAAGAGUUUCUGGGGACUUUUCCUCAUAUGUGGAAUUGCAUGCCUUAUUGCUCUGCUCCUGUAUUUCUGCUCAAUCAUCCAAAAGUUUAAACAAUAUUUUCGACAACAACCACAGCCAUCAUUGCAGAGCAGCUCGCGGUCCAUACGGAUCCAAAGAUUCUUGUCGUUCGCAGAUGAGAAGGAAGGGGAAUCAAGAAGCAGAUCAAAGAGAAAGCAGAUGGAAGCCUUGUCGGGAAGGAGGAGUGGACGGCAACUUCCAAAAUCGAGUGGGAGUGUGAGUAAUGACGCAGGCAUUUUCCCUGAGGGGCAAAACGGCAAUGCAAGUGCUUACUUUAAUUGAAGUGAAGUUGCUGAUCAGCUCAUCAAGAAUUUAUCUAAAGACAAUUACAAGCUGCAUCCAGUGUUUGAGCAAACUCACCAGCAAAAUUGCAGGAAGAAAUAAGAGAUGAGAUGAAGUUAUGUAAGUGGUUUCAAUGCAACAUUGCAAGUGUGUCUGAUAGUCUACUCAAGACAGCAAAUAUGGCCUUAAACAUGGAAUUUUCCGAAACAUUCUUGGCUAAUGUUCGUUCUUGUUCAUGAAUUUCACUAUAUUCAAAUCCACAAAAAUCAUAAUCUUUACAUC